CUCCAACUCGGCUAAGUAGGAGCCCUGUUUUACACGCACUGAACGGCUCUGCAAAUAUGGCAAGCUUGAAGACAAAAGGAAGAGAGAAAAGAACGUCAGCUCAAACACAAUUUGCAUGACGAUUGUAUCUCCGCUGUAUUCGUGAGAUGCAUUUGCAUUAGUAUAAGAAGGGCUAGCCACAGGGAAUUCAUUCAUACCCUUUUCGAAGUGAGACGGUGCAUCGAUCUCCAUUCAUAGUCAACAUGGCAGGAACAACUGUCAUCAAAGCGAAGCUAGCAUUGGUAGCUCUGGCAUCAAUUUCUGUAGGAUUGUACUUACUACAGUUUGCUGUAAACGUAGAAGGAUCGCUAUGGCAACGCUGCUUGUUAGGAAUCCUCGGAGUCGCAUGUGUCUUUGUGGCUAUUCUGACGUCAUGGAUGACUACCCUACCGAUUUCCUACGGCCAUUGUCUCCCCUCAGCCUACACACAGGUCAUCCUCAUGUUACUGUUGGUCUACACUCGCCAUGGAAAGGUCAGGAGGUUCACAGAAUCGUGGAAGAAUGCUCGAAAAUCUCAAGAAGACUACUUGAAGGCUAUCCUCAAGGCCAACGGCCAAACAGACUACGCACAAGAUUUUGGACUGAGUUCUGUUACAUCAAUGGCGGACCUUAGGAAGAAGCAUCCUUUGACGACUUACGAACGUUACAGGCCAUACGUAGAUCGUAUGGCGAAAGGUGAGGAGGGUGUUCUAACGGCUGAACACGUUGAGAGGUUUGCUCUUACUUCAGGCACCACUGGGAAGUCCAAGAUGAUGCCUUUCGGUAAAUCCUUCAGAAAAAUGUAUCACGAAAUUGUGGGUCUAGCCAUAGAUCUUCGUCUAAAGGAGUUCGGUGUAGGCUUCCUCCAGCGAGAAAUGACAAUCUAUACGGCGCCGAAAAUCAGGUAUACGGAGGCGGGUAUUCUUAUGGGUCCUGCAUCCAUGAAAAACUCAUCGAAUAGACGUCUUUUAGUCAUGUACUCUACCCCAGCAGAGGGUUUCCGAAUCAAGGAUCCUCAGGACUCUGUAUAUGUACAUCUUCUCUUCGGGUUUCGGGAUCGGAAUCUCCGCAACAUGUCCUGUAACUUUACCUCAAACCUGAUGUUGGCUAUGCGGAUGGUCGAGCAACGCUACCCCGACAUUAUCCGUGACAUCGAGCUCGGGACGGUGACGACUACGAAUGUUCCUCCAGAGAUUCAUCAAGUCCUCGUCAGGGAGAUGGGUGGUGGCGAUCCGGAGAGAGCGGCAGAGCUGAAUAGAGAGUUCGAGAAGGGUUUCGAAGGCAUCAUGAAAAGAGUUUGGCCUUACAUGAAACAUGUACAAGCGAUAGAUUCCACCGGCCUUAAAGAUGAGCUGCUGAAUUCAUAUGUUAAAGGUUUACCACUCUUUGGUUUUCUAUUUGCUGCGACUGAGGGGGUGAUCGGUGUUGACAUCUGGCCAAGGCAUCAUGGGAAGGAUGAAUACGUUCUCUUGCCAUCUCUCUCUGUCAUGGAGUUCAUUCCAGAAGCUCACAUAAACGAAGAUCAGCCGGAGACGCUCUUCAUCGACGAGCUCCAAGUCGGAGGCGUCUACGAGAUCGUCGUCACCCAGAUGUAUGGUUUCUAUAGAUUUCGAUAUGGUGACGUCAUCAGGGUCAGACGAUACCAUAACACUACCCCUGUGGUGGAAUUCAUGUACAGAUCUGGUCAAAUCCUGAAUGUCCGUAACGAGAAGGUUGACCAAAGUACAGUACAAGACGCCAUAGGAGCUGCAGUGGGUCACUAUCCCAAUGUGACGCUAAUAUCUUACGCUGUGGCAGAGAGUACACUACUCGAACAACUUGUGAAACCUAGCCAGGACCUUCGCCCAUAUUACAUCGUCUUCCUGGAGUUAGAUCCAACACCAGAUGAAGAUUCUUUGGUUGAUAUCCCUCUCAAUAAAGUUGACGAGGAACUCUGUCAUCAUUCCUUCACAUACAACUCGUUCCGUGAGAAGGGAUGCAUAGCCCCUCCUGUUGUGCACAUCGUGAAACCCGGCACAUUUGAUCGUCUGCAUGAUUUCAUCCUGGAUAACAGCGCAACUUCUGCAAACCAGUACAAGGUUCCGAGGAAACUCCGUACAGCAGCCACUCUAAAACUGAUGCUGGAUAACUCCAUAAGUCAAUCUCGGAACGAUGGAAAUUUAGAUUGUUCUUUCUAAUGAUUAUGAAAUAAUUUUUGAUAAAAGGCCUACUCAUGUCACAUAAUAAAAACGGUCAAAUCUUGCUCCCAAAAUGUGCUUCCAUCAAAUAAUCUUUGUAUUACCAUGCUCUUCAAAAUUGUUUAUGUGCAUGGUUAUAUAUAUAUUACAUUAUAUAAUUUUACUAAAAUGAAAAUAUGGAUGAAAAUAAACUGUACUUCGAGUUUGAUCUUAAUUUUGAAAGCGCUUUGGAAAGUAUAACGAUUCCGGUAACCGCUAUACCAGCGGACAGUGCUUUUCGGCGAAUGAAUCCUACCAGGUGAUCACUUACUUCACCUGGAUCAAGAGUGGAAACUGUAGAUAUGUGUCUUGUCGAAGAACAUUGUUGUAGUGCGUGCAUGGGCUCGAACCCACAACUUUUGAGAGUCUCUAUGGACAAGAUGGACACUAAAUAUGUAAUUGUAACCUGUAAAUUGUAAAUUUGGAACCUAGAAUAAAACCGAGGUAAUAAAAAUAAUUGCGUUAUUUUU